AUGGCUGCAGAGGAACCAGAAAUUAACGAUAGGAUAGAUGAUCAUUCAGGAUCAGGAUCCGAAGGUGAAGGUGUUGACUUACGAAACGAUUCUGUUACUGAUUCUUCUGAAGAAGAUGAAGAUGACGAGGAUGAAGAGGCCAUUCAAAAAGUUAGAGAAGGAUUUAUAGUCGAUGAUGAUGAUGAUGGUGAUGAAGAAGAUGAAGACGACGACGACAACGUUGGUGUUCAAUCUAAAAAGCGAAAAAAACAUAAAAAAAGAAGAAGAGAAAGAGAGAGAAGUGCAGAAGAUGAUGCGUUGGACGAGGACGAUCUUGAAUUGCUUUUGGAGAAUUCUGGAGCCAAACCUAUUCGACUGGAUGGAGGUAAUAAGUUCAAACGUCUUAAGCGAAGACAAGCAGAAGAUGACGUGUCCGAAGGCGAUGCAAUUGGUGGCGAAAACAGCGAAGCUCAAAGUCAGAGUCAUUUUCAACGUGGAUUACAAAAUAUUUUCUCAGAGGAUGAAGAUAGUGGAGAUGACUUGGAGGGCAACGAUGAUCUUGCCAACAACAGAAGACUACCUGCUGGACCUGGUGAGGAGUUUGAUGACUUUAUUGAGCUGGAAGACGACUCCGAUGAUGAUGCAGAAACAAGGGCUCAAAGACAAGUUGAAAGACAGAAGUCAAAGCAAAAGGAAAAGAAAUUUGACAUGUCGAAACUUACCGAUGUCGAUAGGAGGAGUCUUCAAGAGUUGUUUGAAGUUUUUGGAAACGGAGAAGAGUAUGCAUGGGCAUUGGAAGCACAAGAGGCAGCUAUGGACGACGAAAUCGACAACGAGGAGCCUACAACAUUAGAAGCCGUGUUUGAGAACUCUGAAUUGAAAGAGCGAAUGUUGACGGAGGAAGAUAAUUUGAUUAGAAUUAUUGAUAUGCCUGAGCGAUAUCAGAAAUAUAGAAGUGCUUUAACAUAUAUUGAUUUGGACGAAGAUGAACUUGCAUUGGAGAAGGAAUGGGUUGCUGACAUUUUGUUUAAUGAAAAGCGCGGUCUUUACAAUGAGUAUGAACGCGAAUUUAAGGAUGCAGUUGGUCAAGUUGUUGAUCUCAUUGCCAAGGAAGCGUACGAGGUUCCUUUUAUUUGGGCCAAUCGUCGAGAUGCCACUUUGUAUACUGUUAUUGACCCAGUAUCUAAAAACGAGCUGGUGACUAAAUUGCUUUAUGAAGAUGAUCUUUGGAGAAUUGUUCAAUUGGAUUUGGAGUACCAUUCAUUAUAUGAGAAACGGUUGAAUAUUGAAAAGUUGGUAGAUGUGCUCAAGAUCGACGAUGACUUAACCAAGGAUAUCAAAUCGAUCAAUACAAUGGUGGCUAUUCAAGAUAUCCAUGAUUAUAUAAACUUUACAUACACCAAGGAGAUACAGGAAGCUGGCUCUGUUGCAGCAGCAGCAGCAGCAGCAGUAGCUGCAAAUGCCAACACAGAUGUUGAUCAAAACGGUGAGCUGAAGGAUGCAAAGAAUAGGAAACAUUCCAAAUACGCUUUAUUUGAACGUAUUAGAUCAAACAUUUUGUACGAUGCAGUAAAAGCAUAUGGUAUUACUGCCAAAGCAUUUGGUGAAAACGUUCAAGACCAAAGUGCUGGUGAUUUUGAAAGAGCAUACAGACUCCAUGCUACCGAUGACAACACGGAAACUCCCGAGUACAUGAUUGACAAAUUGAUUGAUGACGAUGAAGUAUUGUUCAAGGAUGAGAAAACAGCGCGUGACGCCGUGCGUCGUACUUUUGCCGAAGAGAUUUUCCACAAUCCCAAGGUUAGACAAGAGGUACGGUCGACUUACAAGUCGUUUGCCUUGAUUAGCGUGGCAUUAACUGAGAAAGGUAGAAUCGGUAUUGACAAUUUUAGUCCUUAUGCAGAUAUCAAGUAUGCAAUUAACAGAUCUCCGCAAGAUCUUGUUAGUGAACCAAAUGUUUUCCUUAGAAUGUUGGAGGCUGAAGAAAAAGGUUUGGCAGUGAUCAAGAUUGAAACAGCAAACUUUGAAAAUUGGUUUGAAGCCAUUUUCAAAUGUCUCAAGUCAGAUGGAUUAUCUGAGGUCUCUGAUUUAUGGAAUAAAGAAAGAGAGCUUGUUCUACGCAUGGCUUUUCAAAAACUUUGUGGAAUGGUGGCAUUGAACACAAAGGAAGACUUGCGCCGUGAAUGCCAAAGAUUAGUAGCCAAAGAAGUGAGAAAGAGAUUUUAUAAUAAAUUGGAUCAAGCUCCAUUUACUCCAUAUGGGUAUGACCUUGGAACUGUGCCUAAUGUCUUGUCGCUCACUUUUGGUCAAGGUGACUAUGAUAGUGCUGUUCUUGGUGCAUUGUUAAGAGAUAGUGGAGAAGUUAAAGACUUUUUCAAAUCCAUUAUAAACCCAAUCAAUAGUCGGGAAAACGAAGAAAGCUUUGGUGGUCAGUUGAAAGAAUUUCUUGACAAGAAUUUGGAACACAAUAGACCAGAUGUAAUAGUUAUUUCCGGUUAUAAUGCAAACACAAAGAAAUUAUUUGAUAUUGUCAAGAGGUUUGUGCAGUCCAAUCGAAUUCUUAUUAAUACCGAGGGUACGUCUUUGCAAAAUAAUGAGCAAGAAGCUCCCUUAUUGCCUGUGAUUUGGGGUCAAGAUGAAACCGCGAGAUUAUACCAAAACUCCGAUCGUGCAAGAUUAGCAUUCCCCGAGAAACCCACAUUGGUGAAGUAUGCCAUUGGAGUGGCCAAAUAUGUUCAAAAUCCAUUACUUGAGUAUAUCUCUUUGGGUGAUGAUAUCUUAUCACUUACUUUCCACCAGGAUCAAAAACUUAUACCAAAGGAUAUGGUUCGCGAUGCUUUGGAAUCUGCUUAUGUGGAUGCCGUUAACACUUUAGGUGUUGAUAUCAACGUUGCCAUUAGAGACCGCUAUGUUGCUCAGAUGUUGCAAUAUGUUGCAGGUUUUGGUCCAAGAAAGGCGUCCGGAUUGCUCAGAAACAUGGAGUCCAAAUUGAUUACUUCUUUGGCCACAAGACAAGAUUUAAUUGAAUUGGAAUUGACACCAUUGAAAAUUUUCCAAAACUGUGCCUCUUUCUUGAAAAUUCCUUACGACGAGACCGAUAACAUCAGUUCAUCUUCCAUAGAAUUACUUGAUGCAACACGUAUACACCCUGAGGAUUACUUGUUGGCGAAAAAGAUUGCCGCCGAUGUUCUUGAGCUAGAUGAAGAAGAUUUUGACGAGGAUACAAAUGUUAUUGCACAAUUGAACGCGGCCGAUGCCAGCAAGAUUGAAGUUUCGAUGGCAUCCUUGGACUAUAAUCAUUAUGGUUUGCAAAUUCAGCAACAACAGGGUAAGAAAAAGUUUGCCACUUUGCGUGUCAUCAAGGAGGAAUUGGUAAACAAUUAUGAAGAAUUGAGAGGUAAGUACCACGAGUUAACUGACCAAGAAGCGUUUAAUAUGUUGACGGGCGAAACACGUGCAACAUUUGGAAGAGAUGCUAUUGUUCCAGUUACAGUGCUCAAAUUGGGUAGGAAUUACCAAGAUCCAUCAGCACCUAUCAGGUGGGCAAAGGUUGUUACUUCUUCAUUGAUUCAAGCAAAUGUCGAACAAGACAAAAUUAGAGAUAUGGAUUUGGAGCAAGGCAAAACUUAUCAAGCAGUUAUUUUGGAAGUGUUUUACGAUACAUUUAUUGCAGAUAUGAGUUUAUUAGCUGAGGAUAUCAAGCGUGCUUCGAUACCAAGAAUCGACAAAGUUGGCGGCAAAUGGAAUUUCCGUGCAGAAGAAGACGAUUGGAAGAAAGAGAAUGAGAAAGAAAAGGCCAAAAAGGCGCUCACUAGAAACAUCCAGCAUCCAUUGUACCGUAAUUUCAACUACAAGCAGGCCGAAGAGUUUUUAGCUCCGCAAAAUCUUGGUGACUGUGUUAUCCGUCCAUCAUCUAGGGGUCCAGAUUUCUUAACUAUUACUUGGAAAGUUGGUAAUAACUUGUUCCAGCACUUGUUGGUUGAAGAGAGGAAAAGAGGUAGAAAGGAGUAUAUCGUGGAAGGCAAGUCUUACUCCGAUUUGGAUCAGUUGAUCUUCCAGCAUAUCCAAGCCAUUUCUAAAAAAGUUGAUGACUUGGUGCGUAGUCCCAAAUUUAGAGAAGGUACACUUGCCGAAGUUCAUGACUGGUUGGAAUCAUACACCAAAGCUAAUCCAAAGAGUUCUGCUUAUGUCUUUUGUUACGACCACAAAGUCCCAGGAAGUUUCCUAUUGUUGUUCAAGGUCAACGUUAAUACGCCAAUUGUAACUUGGCACGUAAAGACCAUCACUGAGGGGUAUACAUUGAAAGGACUUAACUUUAGUUCUGUAAUGAACUUGUGUAAUGGUUUUAAACAAGCAUUCAUUGCUGAGCUGGAGAAAUCCAAACAACGCUUCAGCAGUGGUAAUGGCGCUGGUGGUAAUCAUGGUCAUGCUCAUAGUACUGGACGUCAUAACUACGGCUACAAGUAUUAA